GUCGUAAACUUGUUUGGUUUAAUGUUGGUUUCUCACAUUUUUGAGCCUACGCAAAUGCAAAUAGAUGCGCACACAGAUGACGUUCAUUUCUGAUUUACCUUCACGUUAGCGUAGCAUCUCUCCCUUUGGAAUCUCGGCUAACUGUGUUACCUACCAUCCAUUCCUCAGUUCCUCUCCUUAGCUGCCAAUCGGCAUCAUGAGGCUGACGGCGUUGUUGUCCAUGGCCGCCCGGGCGGUGGUUCCCAAGGACUACCGCUACGGUACUAACAGGCCGUGGACCGUGGCUGCAAAGCGUCGUAAUCCACCGGGCAAGAGGCGGAACAAGGUGUUUGUCGAGCCCAUCGCCGACCACGACUGGUGGGUCCUCCGAGGGGACACGGUAGAGAUUCUGUCCGGGAAGGACAAAGGCAAACAAGGGAAAGUCAUCCAAGUCAUCAGACGUAGAAACUGGGUCAUAUUGGAAGGUCUCAACACACAUUACAGAUACAUUGGGAAAACCGGCGAUUACCGCGGGAGCUACAUCGCUAGUGAAGCUCCCAUCCUGCUCCGGGACGUUGAACUCGUUGACCCCUCCGACAGGAAGCCGACUGAGGUGGAGUGGAGGUUCACAGAAGAGGGCGAGCGAGUGCGAGUGUCGCUCCGGACCGGUCGUAUCAUCCCCAAGCCGGUAGUGGAGCGACGGGAUGGGAUUGUCCCUGAGCAGUGGAAAGAUGGUCCCAAGGACACCAGCCCAGAGGACACGCUGGAGAAGACCUACACGCCCUCUCUGAAGACCCUGGAGGAAGAGGUGAUGGAGAAGAUGGGCAUUCAGGAGGACAGGAGGCACGGGCCCACCUACUGGUACUGAACCAGGACUCUCGUUUCCACCAAAUCCAUCACAGGAUGGUUUGUUUUAAAGACUGUAUGUUGUUGUUAUAUCAGGAAUAAAUGUCACAAGCAUCUUUUUGCCCAAACAGAGAAA